AUGGCAUUUACAAUGAAGAGGUAUGAUGAAUUGGUGUUCUCAGUGGAAUCCCAAAAGGCAGUUCCUGCACCAUUUCUUACAAAGACUUACCAGCUUGUUGACGACCCUCUCACAGAUCACAUUGUCUCUUGGGGUGAAUAUGAUACAAGCUUUGUUGUGUGGACACCCCCUGAGUUUGCCAGGGAUCUUCUCCCAAACUAUUUUAAGCACAACAAUUUCUACAGUUUUGUCAAGCAACUCAAUACCUAUGGAUUCAAGAAAGUAGUGGCACACAGAUGGGAGUUUGCAAACGAGUAUUUCAGGAAAGGAGAAAAGCAGUUGCUAUCAGAGAUCCAUAGAAGAAAAACCCCUCAAAACCACCAAUACCACUACCAUGAACAACAACCUCAGUUUCUCAAAGCAGAAGAAAGCUUUGGUUGGAUGGAGUCUCCACCGCCAUCUAGGAAACCCAGCAUCGAUAUUCUAACAGCGCUUAGCCAAGACAAUCAGAGACUGCGGAGAAAGAACUACAUGCUAGUGUCUGAACUCACUCACAUGAAGAACCUUUACAAUGACAUUAUCUAUUUCAUCCAAAAUUAUGCAAAACCAAUGCCUUACCCGCAAAAGGCUAACAGCUUAGGACCGAAGAUCAUAGAAUUGGGUCCUUCUUUCGAGGAUCCAAUCCGUUCUGGCAUUGAAACUGCUCAAACCAGCGCUUUUGGCAAGUCAUCAGUGACUCUAACAGAAAAGGAGCCUAACAACAGAACUGUGAAGCUUUUCGGAGUCCCUCUAAAUGGCAGGAAACGAUUGCACCCUGAAAAGAUUAAUCAGCAAAAAUUGCAAUGCGGGUCUCCACUGAUUAGCUUUCUUUGGCAGGAUAUGUAA